AUGGCUUCGGUCAAGGUUUUGCUCAUCGGAGCAACCGGCGAGACCGGACGAUCGAUUGCGAACGGCCUUCUGGAAGCCGGUGGUUUUGAAGUCUAUGCUCUCAUCAGGCCUGCGUCGGUGGCCAAGCCGCAGCUCCUCGACCUACAGAAGAGAGGGGUCAUCGUGCGAACAUGCGACUUGACCGCGCCGGAGGAAGAACUGGCCCAGGCCCUAGCAGGGAUCGAUGUUGUCAUCAGCUGUGUGGGAACGACAGAUCAACAUACUCAGAUCAAUAUCGCAACGGCGGCAAAGGCUGCCGGCGUCAAACGAUUUAUUCCUUGUGCGUUCAUCACGAUUUGCGCUCCAGGGGGGAUAAUGUACUUGCGGGAUGAGAAAGAGAAAGUAUACAACCACAUCAAACAGAUCAAACUCCCAUACACCAUCAUCGACGUCGGCUGGUGGUACCAAAUCGCCACCCCUCGACUUCCUUCUGGCAAACUCGACUACGCCAUGACACUGGCCAACGACGAAUUGAUUGGCGACGGCACAACGCCAAGUGCAUUUACCGAUCUGCGCGAUAUCGGCAAGUAUGUCGCUCGCAUUGUAGUCGACCCGCGCACAGAGAACAAGAUGGUGUUUGCAUACAACACCGUCACGUCGCCAGCAGGCAUCUUUGCACUUGUCGAGAAGCUGAGUGGCGAGAAGUUAGAGCCAAAAUAUAUCCCCGAAGAAACCGUCCACAAACGAGUCGCAGAAGCCCGUGCUUUCAGCGAAACUUACCCCUACGACGCAACAAAAUUCACACCUCGUUACGCCGCCGAGUACCAACUCUCAUGGGGUAUUCGCGGCGACAAUGUACCGGAAUACGCAAAAUAUCUGGGAUACCUAGACGCAAAGGAACUGUAUCCAGACUUCAAGCCGAUUACCUUUGAAGAGUACAUUCAGGAAUUACUGGCGGGAACGGCGACGGGUAUCUAUACCGAUCGAAUUUCGAGGAUUUACUAG